AUGAGGCAACCGGGAAGGUACUCGGGAUUCAUGAUGCAUGGAGGCAUAUCCGGGAGGACUGGGGCCCACUCAUUGCCCUUGGCGAGGAUCAAGAAGAUCAUGAAGAAGUCCGGGGAGGACGUGAAGAUGAUAUCUGGCGAGGCUCCAAUUGUGUUCUCGAAGGCAUGUGAGCUCUUCAUAGAGGAACUCACACGGAGGUCUUGGAUGACAACCCUGGAAGGGAAGAGAAGGACACUGCACAAAGACGACGUUGCCUCGGCCGUCGUGGGCACCGAUAUCUUUGAUUUUCUUGUGAGUUUGGUUUCGGAUUCUUGCCAUUCUGAAGACAUCACGCCGGAGGAAAAGGAGGCAUUGGGGGGAUCGUAG